CAUUUUCUUCCUUCCCAAACAUCCCUAGUAUCUUAAAUAUUAUAUAUAAAAGAAAAUUUGCGGUGUAUGAAACAAGCUGUCAAAGAAACACAGAUUUUAUCAUCUUUGAGCAACGGCUUUUUGAUUAUCCCCAUUUUGCCCUUCCUUUGCACACCUAUCAUCUCUAACUUACACUAGAUCUUCUUCUAAAGAUGAUCAGCUGGGGCGAUCUUUACACCGUCUUAACGGCGGUGAUUCCGUUAUACGUGGCUAUGAUCUUAGCUUACGGCUCCGUUCGUUGGUGGAAGAUUUUCUCGCCGGACCAGUGCUCGGGAAUCAAUCGCUUCGUUGCUAUAUUCGCCGUUCCUCUCUUGUCUUUCCAUUUCAUUUCUACCAACGAUCCUUACGCCAUGAACUUCAAGUUCAUAGCAGCGGAUACUCUCCAGAAACUCAUCAUGCUGUUUGUGCUUGGGUUGUGGGCUAAUUUCACCAAAAAUGGAAGCCUCGAAUGGAUGAUUACUAUUUUCUCGCUAUCCACGCUUCCAAACACUCUCGUCAUGGGGAUUCCACUGUUGAUCGCCAUGUACGGGAAGUACUCGGGAAUGCUGAUGGUUCAAGUCGUUGUGCUUCAAUGUAUUAUCUGGUACACUCUGCUUCUUUUCCUCUUCGAGUAUCGUGGUGCCAAAAUACUCAUCAUGGAGCAGUUCCCUGAAACCGCGGCUUCCAUUGUUUCGUUCAAAGUUGAUUCCGAUGUGAUGUCUCUCGACGGCCGUGAUUUCCUCGAAACCGACGCUGAAAUCGGCGAUGAUGGGAAGCUGCAUGUCGUGGUGAGGAAAUCCAAUGCGUCGAGGAGGUCGUUGGGGCCUUGCUCGCUCCCGGCAUUGACGCCGAGGCCAUCGAAUCUCACCGGUGCCGAGAUUUACAGCCUGAGCUCGUCUCGGAAUCCUACUCCGAGAGGCUCAAAUUUUAACAACUCCGACUUUUAUUCCAUGAUGGGAUUUCCUGGAAGGCAAUCUAAUUUCGGUCCAGCUGAUUUGUACUCGGUUCAGUCAUCGAGAGGACCAACUCCAAGACCGUCAAACUUCGAAGAGAAUUGUACGGUCGUCUCUCCACGAUAUGGGUUUUACCCGGCACAGUCGGUUCCUUCAUCGUAUCCUGCUCCGAAUCCUGAGUUUUCAUCUCUCACGAAGAACACCAGUAAAAAUAGCCAGUCCCAGCAGCAACAACAUCAACGGCAGGAGAGUAAUAAAACGAAUCAUGAUGAAAAGGAGCUGCACAUGUUUGUGUGGAGUUCCAGUGCUUUGCCGGUACCGGGAGGCGAUGGAGUCCACGUAUUUGGUGGGACGGGAUCCGAGCAAUUUGGACGGUCUGAUCAAGGUGCUAAAGAGAUCAGGAUGUUGGUUGCUGAUCACCCUCAAAACGGGGAAAACAAAGCUAUGGCAGGCAGUGUUGACUUCAAUGGAGAAAACUUUAUCUUUGCUGGGGAAGAUGAGACGGAAAAAGAAGGGCACAGUGAACUCAAUAAGUUGAGGUCCAAUUCAACAGCGGAGCUCCACCCUAAGACCGCCGCUGGAGCACCUUCGGGUGUUGGGAAACAAAUGCCGCCUGCAAGUGUUAUGACCCGGUUGAUCUUGAUCAUGGUUUGGCGCAAGCUUAUCCGGAACCCCAACACAUAUUCCAGCAUCAUCGGACUGGUUUGGUCCCUAAUUGCAUUCAGGUGGCAUGUGAAUAUGCCGAAAAUAUUAGAGCAAUCUAUUUCUAUCUUGUCAGAUGCUGGACUAGGAAUGGCCAUGUUUAGCUUAGGUCUGUUUAUGGCUCUGCAACCCAAGUUGAUCGCUUGUGGCAACUCUGUAGCUACCUUUGCCAUGGCAGUUAGAUUCUUGACUGGUCCGGCCGUCAUGGCUGCCGCUUCGAUUGCCGUAGGGUUGCGUGGUACCCUCCUCCGCAUAGCCAUUGUUCAGGCUGCUCUGCCUCAAGGAAUAGUACCCUUUGUGUUCGCCAAGGAGUACAAUGUUCACCCUGCAAUUCUUAGCACUGCGGUCAUCUUUGGGAUGUUGAUAGCAUUACCAAUUACACUGGUGUACUACAUUCUUCUAGGAUUAUAGAGGUUUUUUGUGUGUGUGUUCUAUAUAGUAAGGGGUUGUUUUGGAAGCAAAGCAUUGACCAAAACCGGAUUAAUUACUUGAUGAAAACAUGAGGAUUUUCCGGGAAAAAAAAAGAAGAUUUUACUAUCUGCCGAAGGGCUCCAAUAUUUUUGGAGCUGAAUGUCGUCCCCUAAUAUAAGGAUCAAUGCCCCCCAUUAAAAGCCAAGUUUCCUAGAGAAGAAACCAAGGAGCAGAAGGGAUGCAUUGAAGAGGAAAACCAGGGUUUCGCUUAAUCUUUCUUGUGCUUUGUUGUAAAGUUUAAUUUCUGAAAUCGAAUGGAAGAAAAGGGUUUUCUUUCUCA